CAAUGUGAAAGAAUUUAUUUCAAGCAAUUAGUGAAGUGGCAUCUGAUGGCGUUAGAAUCUUAUUUGCUGGAGUUAAUUGGUUAGAAUUAUAUAGACAUGUGGUGUUAGCAGGCCAAUAUGGCCGCGACAGCCACAGUGACCGCCAGCGCAGCCGCCAGCGCAGUUUCUGGUAAUAGCAGUAGCAGCGACGCCACCAGGACGCCGUCCUUAGAGUCGUUGUCAGGUGACUCGUCGCACAGCGGCCGUCACGGUCGCCACAUCCAGCACCACAUAAGCCAAAGUGGUCACCAUUUGCACCAUCAAACGAGAGGAGACUCGUUCUCGUUCUCCAGCGAUAGUAGUGCUUCACCGCCAAGUUCUGAUAGUCUACUGAGCAGAACAGAUAAUACAAUUUUUGAUCAAGACAACGGUUCACAGACCAGUACUAGAACUCUUAACGACGACGACGCUAUUUUUGACACAAAUCAGUUGUUGAAAUUAGAAAACUACAACUCAAGUAACUUCGAUCACUUAUUCUCCUCAACGGAUUACUCUGUGAAAUUCGGCGACCCAACCCAAGAUAAUCUGUUCAAGUCUCCUAACGAUCAAAGCACUACAUUCAGGAACUUUUCAAAUCAUCUUCAUAGUCCAGAUCAACUGGGUGCUUUAGAGUCUUUGCACAAUAAGCAAACUCAGUCGGAAUUUACUGGAGAUCAGAACGGAUACCGUUGCACUGGCUGCAAGAGCCGCGAGUCGAACGCCGUUGGCCAUUGUUUGGACUGUUCAAAUUACUUGUGCCCGAAUUGCGUAAUGGCUCACCAAUUUAUGCAUUGCUUUGAAGGACAUCGAGUACUCAAUGUAGCGGAUAGUAAGGACACAACUAUCCCAGGAGGUCCACUAUCCGAGAGCUUAAGCGCACUAGGCUCCCGUUUGCUAGGAGCAGCGACCGGUAACGGAACAACAGGCACCUGCCCGCGCCACAAGCAACAGUCAUUCACGUUGUUCUGCCAGCCAUGCCUGGUUCCCGCCUGCGUAGAGUGUGCCAGCAGUGGCGAACAUCUAUCCCACGAGAUGACCCCGCUCCAAGAAGCAGGUCCCAGGCAACUCGCCGAGUUGCUACGCAGCGCGCAGCAGGCGCGAGACAGGGCGCAGGACAUGCGCGCUCAUGCUACACGUGCAGAACAUGCACAGAUGUCCUGUCGGACACAACAACGUAAAGCAGCUGAUGAGAUUAAUGAUACCUUCCAAUUUUAUAGAUCUAUGUUGGAAGAACGCAAACAAGAAUUAUUACGUGAACUUGAGUCGGUUUCGGCUUCCAAACAAGCAGCACUUGCUUCGCUUGCUCGCACAGGAAAUGAAGCUGCAGAUCGCAUACAACAAGCAUGUGAAUUUGUAGACAAGCUUACCAGACGCGCAACUGUUGCAGAAGUUUUGGUGUUUCGAAAACUCCUCGAUCAGAAGUUGAACUCGCUUUGUACCGCUGGAGAGUUAGCCAUCAGCUCCCCUAUCAGUCAGCAAGAUCUAGAGUUCGUUUCUAAUUAUCAAGCUAUCCAGGUUGGGGUACGAAAUACAUUUGGGUACAUUCGUUCCACUUCGGACGCUUCAAGUAACAAUCAACAGACAGUGAAUGUUGGAAAUCAUACUAAAAAGCUGCCAAUUGCUCGUCCCAGUGUGGGCCACACUGCAUCAUCUUCUUCCGAUUCAUCAUCAUGCGCCGGAUCUUUGAAUGGUAGCUCAGGCUCCCUAAAUUCAAAUUCUCACCAUCAGCAGCACCUGGCUUCUCUGAACGCGCUUAACGCAUUGCACAGUGCAUCUAAUGGACCUUUUUCACAACAGCAAGUACAUCAAUCAAAUAACGGAUAUGAAAGCAACAUUAUAUCCAAGCGAUUUAAUACAGCAAAUAGUUUGGGGCCAUUUUCAACUACUAUGACGGAUCUCAAUCCAUACGAAAAAUGGUCUAAUGGAGGAUGCGAUAGCGUUUUUUCUGAUCAUUAUACAAUAGGGCCACCAACACCAGGGUCAAACAGCAUCCUCAGCUCUGUUGAGCCUACUAACGUCUUAGAACUAACGACAAAACUAAUGUCAGCAACUAUGUUUCCACCGAAAUCUCAAAUCAAAAGACAAAAGAUGAUCUAUCAUUGCAAAUUUGGAGAGUUUGGCGUCAUGGAAGGUCAAUUCACAGAACCAAGUGGUGUGGCUGUAAAUGCUCAAAAUGAUAUUCUUGUGGCUGAUACAAACAACCACCGUGUGCAGAUUUUUGAUCGUGAAGGUCGAUUUAAAUUCCAAUUUGGUGAAUGUGGUAAAAGAGAUGGUCAAUUAUUGUAUCCUAACCGCGUUGCAGCAGUACGUGCUUCUGGAGAUAUUAUUGUAACCGAAAGAUCACCUACACAUCAGGUGCAAAUCUACAAUCAAUAUGGUCAAUUUGUACGCAAAUUUGGCGCAGGUAUCUUACAGCAUCCAAGGGGCGUAACUGUUGACAAUAAAGGAAGAAUCAUUGUUGUCGAAUGCAAGGUAAUGCGCGUGAUAAUUUUCGACCAAACGGGCAACGUUUUGCAGAAAUUCGGUUGCAGUAAGCACCUGGAAUUCCCGAAUGGUGUUGUCGUCAACGACAAACAAGAAAUUUUCAUAUCCGACAAUCGUGCGCAUUGCGUAAAAGUGUUCAACUAUGAGGGGUACUUGAGACAAAUCGGUGGCGAAGGCAUCACCAAUUACCCCAUUGGCGUAGGAAUAAAUGCUGCUGGAGAGAUUCUGAUUGCGGACAAUCACAACAACUUCAACUUGACUGUAUUCACUCAGGAUGGUCAAUUGGUUUCGGCGCUUGAGAGCAAAGUCAAGCACGCCCAAUGUUUUGAUGUUGCGCUGAUGGACGAUGGCAGCGUCGUCUUGGCUAGCAAGGACUACCGACUUUACAUUUAUAGGUAUGUCCAAGUACCACCAAUUGGAUUAUAAACUUGAGCAAUGAUAUAUCAGUACUUUGAGCAAACUAGUCAUCUUUAAAUCAAGAUAUUACUAC